CCGCCGUCGAUCGAUGGGGGGAGCAUCCGGAGGCGACCACCCGCAGCAGCACGGCGGCGGCGACGAUGGGCACCUGCAGCAAGGCGGCGGAGGCGACAUGGUGAUGCCGGGGUUCCGGUUCCACCCCACGGAGGAGGAGCUCAUCGACUUCUACCUCCGCCGUAGGGUGGAGGGCAAGCGUUUCAACAUCGAGCUCAUCAACCUCGUCGACCUCUACCGCUACGACCCAUGGGAUCUCCCUGCUCUGGCUUCGAUCGGGGACAAGGAGUGGUACUUCUACGUGCCGAGAGACCGCAAGUACCGCAACGGCGACCGCCCCAACCGGGUCACGCCGUCCGGCUACUGGAAGGCCACGGGCGCCGACCGCACGGUCUACGUCGAGGUCAAGCGGCCGAUCGGGCUCAAGAAGACGCUGGUGUUCUACGUGGGGAAGGCGCCCAAGGGACUCAGGAGCAGCUGGAUCAUGAACGAGUACCGCCUUCCUUCAGGCGAGGCCGACCGCUACCAAAAGGAAAUUUCUCUUUGCAAAGUGUACAAACGACCAGGGAUUGAAGACAACUUUCACCUCAGCACCACCACAGCAAGAUCAUCUGGCUCAAAGGCUGCAGCAACCAUGGAAAAGAAGCACCACCGAACAUCGGCGUCGCCCCGCAUGGCGCCAGUGUUCGACGGUGGCCACUCAUCAGGUUACAUGAACAAGCCAUACAGUGGAGCAAACACCACCAUGCUGGGCAUGGCAUCAUCAGCCGCAGCUCGAGCAGCUACACUGGCACCACAGACGUCAAUGUUCCUAUCAACCCCCUCACUUAGCUCCACCACGUCGACAGAGGAGGACGGUACAUCACUCUACCACAUGAAGGGUGUUAACCCACCAAUGCUGCCUUCUUCCACACACGCCCUGCUUAAUGCAAACUCCGCUACAAUGGCAACAAUUCCAAUAGAUGAGCUGAGUAGGGCAAUUGGAUGCCAAGGAGACCCUAACCAGACCUUGCCAACACAAGCUCCAUUGCUUCCUUUUCCUAACUUGGAAAAGAUUUGGGAUUGGAAUCCACUCCUAGAAUCUCCCAAGGUUUGCACAAGCUUCAAGUGACUUUCAAGUGGCUCGAAGCAUAUAUGUGCAUGCUUGCAUGCGUGCACCUAUUAUUUAUGAAUACAAGUGUGUAUAUGUGCAGACACAUAAUUAUUAUUUGGGCUAGAAUGUGGUUGAGAUGUAAUGGAAUAUAUAGGAUGAGAUAGUUCUAGUCCUAUCUAAUGCUCCACUAUAUUAAUCAAUUCACCAUCACAAAUAUGUACUAUGUUGCAGUGAUCAUUUGAACUUAAUUUAUUGCUCCCAACCACUAGCAUUAUUUUACAUAUUUCAUGUUUACAUGAAAUGACAAAAAAGACAUGCAAAAUUACGUCCAUGUAUUGUAUAU